GUUACACCCCGAAAACCACAACAACGGCUCUUUUAAGAGCCACACACCCGAAACUACAGAGCAAAAACCCGGAACCAGCUGUGACAGAGUCCCGCGAUACAACACGCACAUCGACCAAAGCGAAUUAUGUUUUUAAAAGUUAUCAAGCAAAUUUCAUUUAUAGAAAAACUAUAUUUCGAUAUGAACGACAAUAAACCUCAUUUCUGACUGUUAGGAUCCUUAAUUCUGUAACACUCGGCAGAAACGUUCAAGCUUUUCGUUGUCAAAUUAAGGAUUUUCUUUCGUUUUCAGUGUGAAAUGUGUCGAAUUAAGGAGAGAUUCUCUAAAACCAUCUCUCAAUAAUACCUGACAUGGAAAUAUUAUCAAAACGAACCGUUUACAACUCACAGCCUCCAUGAUGUCAAAACUGUUCUGCAAACAUACUGACUUUAUCACGAAAACCGGAAACCGGUGAGCGCUCAUACUUGACUGUUUUUAUUUCAUUUCUGUCUGGUUUUGAACAAUAUAGUCAAUCCUGUAAUGGUUUCCGUUUAUUAUUUUUAUUCAUAGAUUCUGCUCGUUACUCGUUACUUUCUAUAGGCUACAAUCAACGUAUUGACCUUUGACUUUCAUACAAAGCGACAGUGAUGUGUGUAAUGAAAUCAGCAUUUAAAGGCUUAAAGUCACCUGUACAUUUAAAUAUUUGGUAAUUCUGAUCAGUACUGAGGUUUAUUGAGAGAUUUAACCACCCACAAUGGGGAAAUAAUACUUAUAUGUAAUAACUAUAUGAACGUGGACAUAUUUGUUCUAAAGUGGUUGUAAAUUAGAGUGUUAACAGGAAGGGUUAAUAUCGUUUCACAGCCCGUCAGGCCGUUUUCAGGGACAAACUGUUGCGGUGUUUACAGCCUCAGUCACUGUUUGGUGCAUGCUCAGACGCGUCCGAUAAUUCCGCCAAUCCUGUGCGAGCAACAGCGCAGAGCAAUUUGCAUGAAGCGCAUUAUAAAAUAAACUUCUCCGCGUUAAGAAAAGUCACACUUUGAGACAAAAGCACUCCGAAAGAAAAUGCCUGAGCAGCAGAAAGCCCCCAAGAAGGGCGCGAAGAAAGCCGUUUCUAAAACCACCAAACCGGGCAGCAAGAAGAGGAGGAGGGGCAGGAGGGAGAGCUACGCCAUCUACGUCUACAAGGUACUGAAGCAGGUCCACCCCGACACCGGCAUCUCCUCCAAAGCCAUGAGCAUCAUGAACUCUUUCGUCGGGGACAUCUUUGAGCGCAUCGCCGGUGAGGCCUCGCGCCUGGCUCUUUACAACAAGCGCUCCACCAUCACCUCCCGCGAGAUCCAGACCGCCGUGCGCCUGCUGCUGCCCGGGGAGCUGGCCAAGCACGCCGUGUCCGAGGGCACCAAGGCCGUCACCAAGUACACCAGCUCCAAGUAAACAGGAAGCUCACCUGUAAACAACAACAACAACAACAACAACAACAACAACAACAAGGCUCUUUUCAGAGCCACACACUCAAAUCUACAGACAGGAUCCUGUUCAUCGUCUUAUUAAAUCAUUGCGGGACAUCCUCACGCAUGAAUAAAGUCCUCCACAUUUAAAAUACUUUCAAAAACAAUGUUGCAUAUGUUUGAAAAAAAUAAAUUAUUUUAAUUAACUUGAUUAACCUGAACUGCUGGAAGAAUUUUUUAAAUCCAUGAGUGUAAAAGAAAGCAUCAAUAUUUCAACCAAUAUUUGCGUGUUUGUAAGUUAAUACAAUAGUUUGUUUUCAGGUAAUGUCCUCUUAAACUGCAGUUGUGUGUAAGUGAAAAACAGAAUUAAGACUUUAGUGAACAGCUGGAACUCGUUACAGAUCUGAACACUUUAAGUUAAAGUUUCUUUACACUUUAACAGGUCUGUCUUUUGAAUUGUUUUCUUAGUAUCAUUAAAAUAAUAAUAAUAAUAAUAACUCAGUCCCUAAAUUACUGAC